AUGAAUAUUAACUUUAUAGAUUGGAAGAAGAACAAAAAGAAAUUUCACAAGAAAGGUUUUGAAGAGGAUAUUGAUGAUGAUACUGAAACUGAAAUUAUUCCUGCUGCUGCAAGUCAACAAAUUGUUGAAAGUACUCCGGAAGAUGAAUUUGGAGCUAAAGAUUAUCGGAACUUAAUGCAGCUUCGUGUGGAUCACGAUUCUCGUCCACUUUGGGUGGCUCCUGAUGGCCAUAUUUUCUUAGAGGCAUUCUCUCCUGUUUAUAAACAUGCUCAUGACUUUUUGAUUGCCAUUUCAGAACCUGUUUGUCGUCCAGAACAUAUUCAUGAAUAUCGCCUUACUGCAUAUUCUUUAUAUGCUGCGGUAUCUGUUGGCUUGCAAACUAAUGAUAUUAUUGAAUAUUUGAGAAGGUUAAGUAAGACAAGCAUACCUGAUGGAAUUAUUGAAUUCAUUAAACUCUGUACUGUAAGCUAUGGGAAAAUAAAGCUUGUUUUGAAGCAUAAUCGAUAUUUUGUUGAAAGUCCAUUUCCGGAAGUUCUUCAAAAAUUGCUAAAAGACCCAGUUAUUCAAGAAUGCCGGUUAAAACGAGAUGUUGAUGAAAUUGGAAGCAUUUCAGCUGUCAAAGAAACUGCAAAAAAUGAUAUAGGAAUAAAUUCACAGAAUGGGGCCAAUUCCAGUAAAAACUCAGAAUCUAUUCCUGAGAAAAAUGCUGAUGUCCCUGAUGAUAUUUUUAAUUUUUAUGAGAAAUUAGAAAGAGAGGAUGAAGAGAAAGAAGAUAUGAAAACUGUUUCUGUUGAAAUAAAUCAAGAAAAGAUUGAAGUGCUUCAGAAAAGAUGCAUUGAAUUGGAAUAUCCUCUUCUUGCUGAGUAUGAUUUUAAAAAUGACACCGUGAAUCCUGAUAUUAAUUUAGAUCUAAGACCAUUGGCAAUUUUACGACCUUAUCAAGAAAAGAGUCUAAGGAAAAUGUUUGGUAAUGGAAGAGCAAGAUCCGGAAUAAUUGUUUUACCAUGUGGUGCUGGAAAAUCAUUAGUGGGUGUAACAGCAUGUUGUACUGUCAGGAAACGAUGCCUUGUUCUUUGUAAUUCUGGCGUUUCUGUAGAACAGUGGAAAACUCAGUUCAAAAUGUGGUCAACUGCAGAUGAUAGUAUGAUCUGUCGCUUUACUUCUGAUGCUAAAGAUAAGCCUAUGGGCUGUGGAAUAUGCAUUACUACAUAUUCCAUGAUAACGCAUACGCAGAAACGAUCCUGGGAAGCAGAACAAGUUAUGAAUUGGUUAAAAGAGCAGGAGUGGGGUCUUAUGUUAUUAGAUGAGGUCCACACUAUACCAGCUAAGAUGUUCAGAAGAGUAUUAACUAUUGUUCAAGCUCAUUGUAAGUUGGGAUUGACUGCCACGCUAGUAAGAGAAGAUGAUAAAAUUCAAGAUUUAAAUUUUUUGAUUGGUCCUAAAUUAUAUGAAGCAAACUGGCUUGAACUGCAGAAUUCUGGAUAUAUUGCUAAAGUGCAGUGUGCAGAGGUUUGGUGUCCAAUGAGCCCUGAAUUUUAUAGAGAGUAUCUAAUAGCAAAAGCAGCCAAAAAGCUACUUCUUUUUGUUAUGAAUCCAAAUAAAUUCAGAGCCUGCCAAUUCCUAAUUAGGUAUCAUGAAAUAAGAAGCGAUAAAGUAAUUGUUUUUUCAGAUAAUGUAUUUGCUCUCAAACAUUAUGCCAUAAAAAUGAAUAGACCUUAUAUUUAUGGUCCAACAUCUCAAGCUGAGAGAAUGCAAAUUUUGCAGAAUUUUAAGUAUAACCCUAAGGUGAACACAAUAUUUGUUUCCAAAGUUGCUGAUACAUCUUUUGAUCUCCCAGAAGCUAAUGUCUUAAUCCAAAUAUCCAGUCAUGGCGGCUCAAGACGGCAAGAAGCUCAAAGACUUGGUAGAAUUCUGAGAGCAAAAAAAGGAGCUUAUGCUGAAGAAUAUAAUGCAUUUUUUUAUACACUGGUAUCUCAGGAUACUAUGGAAAUGCAUUACUCUAGAAAGCGACAGAGGUUUCUUGUCAAUCAAGGAUAUAGUUACAAAGUCAUUACAAAAUUAAUGGGAAUGGAUGAACAAGAGGAAUUAGCUUAUAAAACAAAAGACGAACAAACUCAGCUGUUGCAACAAGUCUUAGCAGCAAAUGAUGCAGAUGCUGAAGAUGAAAAAAUUCCAAGUGAAUUUUCUGGGGGGAAAACUCAGGUAUCUCGUCGUGUUGGUAGUAUGAGUUCCUUAUCAGGAGCAGAUGAUGCUGUAUAUAUGGAAUAUAAACUCAAGAGAGAAGGAAGUCGUCAUCCUUUGUUCAAAAGAUUUAGAAAAUAGAAUUUGUAUAUAUAAAAUAUGAAGUUUUGUAAAUAAAUUUUGAUAUAAAAUCUUCA